AUGCGGCUCAGGAGCUUUGCUCACCUCCGGCGCCGCGUCUUUGCCGAGGGUUUCGCUGCAUCCGCCGCGUUUUACUUGCCGCUGUCAUGCCUGACCUCCUCACGUUAUUUUCAUGGUCGUUCAGGCAGAGGCGAUCUGCUCUUUGUAAACUCGGAUGCCCGUCGCCACAACGGGCGGACCCUCGGCCAGCUGCGCGGGCUACGCCACGGCAGCCAGGCUACCUCCCCAGAAAGCGGCCAGUUGCAUUACAAGAAGCUCAUGGCCCACGCUGUGGGCGAAGGAGCCAAGUCUGGGUCCGAGCAGUACCGACAUGCCGCCUGUACGUGGUCCUAUCUCCUUCCAUCCUUGUUGCGUUGCGCAGAGCUGGCAGUCACCGAAAAACUCUGGUCGAAGUUAUGUCAGACUGAGAUGAAUGGAAGGAGCGGAGAUGCGGCUUUGCUUACGGAGCGUGAGAAACAAAGUGUACGGAGUGGGCAGGAUUUGUUUCGAUAUGAGCUUCAUCAACGGUUACCCUUGCUUGAGGAGUCUGUGUUUUCUGCCGAACUUCACGAGCUAAUCAGUUGGUUCACUGUAGCCCGGCGGGCCUGGGUUCGACUCCCCACCACAUCCCCGUCACCCAAGGCACUCUCUACAGACAUCUCCGCUGAUCAUGUGGUUUUAAUGGAACGUCCCCUUCUUCCACCGCGUGACGUUUUCUCGGGUGUUGCGCCCCCCACCAUGUUCAGAGACACCACACCUGAGAGCUGUCAGACAUACAACAUGACGCUGCGCGUGGCACAGCUGACGGACGUCGUUGUUGUUCGUGCACGCAAUGAAAUGUUUCGCCUGGACAACGCUGAGAUCGCUUGCGAGGGUGGCCCGAAGAGCGCACGUUUAGCGGCCAAAGGGAAAAAGAUGCGACGGCGUCUUGUGGAUGAACUGUGCUGGCAUGAUAUACCCUACCAGGCGGUGGUCCCCGAUAAUGAGAUGGGAGGAGGCGGCGGGGAGGGUGUGUGUGCGAGGCCAUGCCACGCUUCCACGGCAACAGUUUCUAAGUGA